AAAAUGUCGUCCGAUGAUUGGAUGGAAGAACUGAACAAAAUGUUGGCGAACAUUGAACGCCAGGUGACGUCUUCGCUACGAAAUAUUAGUAACUGUUUCAAACAGUCAGGUCAAUCGUUCCACCAAGCACAUCAGAGAUAUCGUUUAGAGCGCUCAACCGACAGAUUACAUGAAAUUUAUUCCAAAUUUGAAUGUGAAUCGUUCAAUAAUCGUCAAAUUAGAAGUGUAGCCCACAUUUUAAUCGAUAAUAACAACUCAAAUCCAAUUAUUGAAAUCAGCGAUGAUGAAAGUUCUGUGGAAAGGCCUAAUACCAGUUCACAAUCAUCCAGAGAGACUGCUUUCCGAAAUGUUGAUCGAGAGAUUAAAAGCGAGGACGAUCACGAUGAAAGCGAUGAACAAGCUUCUGUAGGGGAGGUGGUCAAUGUGGAAACAAAAAAAGAAGAAUUGGAAAAUGAUGAGAUUCCGAUAGUUCGUUUUAGGGCCAAUCAAUUGACAUUGGGCGCAUAUAAGAUAGAGCCAAACUGCUCUGUACGUGUCGAAAGUGACGAAGAUCAUAACAAAGAAAAAAGUGAAAAGGGAGCGAAGCGUGCGCGAUCGAAUUCGCCGAAUAUUUUUGAUAAAUUUGGUGACAACAACAAGACAAAUGUAUGUGAACGAUACAGAAAGAAAUCUCGUUUAUCUCAGGGAAGAGUUGAAUCGAAAGAUGGAAGCCGCAAAAUCACGAACGAAGUGAACAUUUCCGAAGCUGUUGUUGAAGUGAAUGUAGCUGGAAAUGUUGGAUGA